UGUUGCAUUUAAGCUUUUGAUAAAUUUCUGUUUUAAUGCAUAUCGAUUAUGAAUACUUUAACAAAAGGCAAAAAAGAAUUAAAUUCGGAUGACCUGGAUAUGAGAAUUGAUCGGUUGAUAGACAAAUAUUGUAAUGUUUGUAAAGCCGACAGCAAAUUACAAGUCCAUUCUAAAAUUAAUAACAACAACUGCGCAAAUGUUUCGAAAAGGAAUACAUUUGCUUUAUAUACGAUAUUAUCUGACCACGAGACCUCUAGUGCUCACACAUGCUCCAUAAAAAGAGAUGACUACGUUUCUAAGUUCCAAAAUUUAAGUGAUUCUGAUGACAAAAACGGACACUGUAAUGUGCGAGUAACUUACCAUGAUAUUAAUUAUAAUAGUAAUUCGGAUACUGACAGUGAUUUGAAUUUAUCGACAGCAAAUUAUAACCGCCUGAAAAACAGUGCCACUAAGUCUUAUUUAAAAUUCGAGGAUCAAGUCAAGCAUGCUGUAAACCUGCAAACUUCAUUCGCCAACGAAAACUCUAAAAAAUCCUACGCAGAGAAAACCACUUACUGUCGACCUAUGCCUAGCUCGUACGAUAGACAUUUUUUUACUAAAGUGAUGAAUAAAAACGCUAAAUUGCAGACGCUUUUAAUCCAAUAUGUGAUUAGUCGUCACAGAGAGAAAGAAAAAGAAAAGUGGAACAAUUAUAUUAAUAACCAAUCUGUUCGAGGCCGAUCCGAGUACUCGUCACCAUCUGUGUCUGGAAAGCCUUUUAAUGUACUAAAAAGUUGUGAGAAGUGCAAGCAAAAUAACAGUCCUUAUCCAUACCAUGAAAUAAUUUAUGAGCCUAAAAUUGCAGAUGACGAUCAAAACCAUCCAGGUGCAAAAUAUUCUAAGAUGCAUGCAGCUGGUUAUGAUAUUAAAAAAAGCAGAGAUGUGCAAACUCACAUCACGUUUGGAGCUUCUAACAUUAGUAAAAAUUAUAUGACUAACGAAUCAGAUUCAGAACUUCAGACUACGGACAAUGAGACCCAUGCUAUGAUAAAAGAUAUAAAUGACGUGGAAAAUAUGACUAAAACAACAGAAAAUCAUUAUGCGGUAGUAGAACCUGAUUACGCCCUCAACAAAACGAGUAAUGCAGAUACGACGUCAAUAAAAGUUCUUGAAGACAAGCUUGAUACUAUAAUAAACUUAUUGAAUUCAUUCGUAUCAAAUUUUCAAACGAAAAACAUUUUGAGUGACAAAAUAUCAACAAAUACCUUUGUUAUUGACGGGAACCAACAUGCAGCUAAUAUUGCGACUUCAGUAGAGAAAAAAAAUAAGAACAAAAUAAGCAUCGUUGCCAACGUUAUGACCAACACUUCACUGUGUGCUAUAGAUUCUAACCUCUCUCUCUCACAUUACUUGAUGAAUAUGAGACUGAACAAAAUAUUUAACGAGGAACUAGACAAAAGUAACAAAAUAAGAAACGAAAUACUAAACAUGUUGAAAACGAACCGAUCAAGAAUUGAAUUAAAUAUGGAGAUACCUACAAAGGAACGCUCGACAGAAGUAACGGAUUCGCUUGCUAAAACCAAACUAGGAUGUCCAAGCAAUGGCGUAAUUGUUGAAGACAUUUCAUAUCGGCAGAUGCCUCGGAGUAGACCCGAUCGGAGAAUAGCAGUAAAUACCGAGCCUCUGGGCUUGCUGACACUGCUGAGACUGUCCACAGAGGCGGUAAAACAGAUCGUGUCCUUUAUACCAGACAUAAGUUGGUAUCUCUCAAGGGCUUGUCGUCCUGUGAGUGGCCGCAAUGAGUACGUGUGCAAUAUUUGUGGUGCGGCUUUUGCGCGCCCUUCCGAGCUCGGGGCGCACAUUUUACGCCAUGAUUUGGGUCAAAGCAGAAACUGCAGCAUAUGCCGCCACACCGUGGACAGCCAGCGUCCGUCCCAGCUGUUCCACUGCCGGCACUGCGGGCAGCUGUUCACGCGCGCCUACUGCUGCGAGCUGCACCAGCAGUGUUGCGGGUGCAGGUCUAGGGACGCGCCGAGCCGAGCGCUGCUGAGGUAGCAGGUUACCAGUAAGUGC